AACUGAACUAAUUUUUGCCUAUGGCCAUCCGCAAUUCUCUCCCCCACCCCUCUCGCAUCCUCAAACAAUCACCAUCCUCUUUCAUUUCUACACACCCUACGUCUCAUUCUUCCUCUUCCUUCUCAUUCCAUCCCUCUCAACUCAACACCGAAAUCAGAGAAAAAAGUAAUGCUCCUGCGGCUACAACCAUUCUGAUCUCAUGUACUCAGACGCCUCAAUCAAAUCCUCAUUGGAAGAAGAGAGCUCUUCAAACCGCCACAGCAACGUCUCCUUGCCCAUGUCUCCUUACAGAACCUCUCCUUGGACUUCCCACACCAAUCCCUUCAUCAUUCCGCCGGAUCAAACCGACCUCUUCCCCUCCGGCACCGGUCUCAUCGCCUCUCUCAUUCGCGAAGAAGGCCACAUCUACUCCCUCGCCACCUUCAACGGCCUUCUCUACACCGGCUCAGACAGCAAAAACAUUCGGGUAUGGAAAAACAUGAAGGAGUUCACCGGAUUCAAAUCCAGCAGCGGCCUCGUCAAAGCCAUUGUAAUAUCCCCCAAAGGUCAGAUCUUUACCGGCCAUCAAGACGGAAAGAUUCGAACUUGGAAAAUCUCCCUCCAAAACCCCCAAAUCCAUGCCCGUCUCGGCACUCUCCCUCGCCUCAAAGACUACAUUAAGAGCACGCUAAGCCGGCGAAAGAUUCGGCAUUCCGAUGCGGUAUCCUGCCUCGCCCUAGACGACAUCAACGGCUUCCUCUACUCCGGUUCAUGGGACCGAUCGCUCAAACUGUGGCGGGUUUCGGAUUCUCGCUGUCUCGACUCGGUUAACGCGCACGACGACGCGGUUAAUUCGGUAAUUAUCGGGUUCGAUGGGUUCGUUUUUUCCGGUUCGGCCGACGGGACGGUUAAGGUUUGGCGGGUUGAGCCGAGCGGUAAGAGUCAGACUGGGCGCCGGGUGGUGGAGGUGGCGGUGUUGGUACGGCAGGAGUCGGCGGUGACGGCUUUGGGUGUGAGCAUGGGUGCGGGCGUGUUGUAUUGUGGAUCGUCGGAUGGGCGGGUCAGUUUUUGGGGGCGGAAUUUGGUGCGUUUGGGAAUUUUGAACGGUCAUAAAUUUUCGGUGCUUUGUUUGGCUUUGGCGGGGGAUUUGGUGUUCACGGGAUCAGCCGAUAAGGCGAUCUGCGUGUGGGGGAGGGAAGAGAAUGGGACGCGACACGUGUGGCUUUCGGUGCUGACGGGGCACGAGGGGCCGGUAAAGUGUCUCGCGGUGGAGGAAGAUGUUAACGUGGAGGAGGCUGUGGGUGGUCGGAGAUGGGUGGUUUAUAGCGGGAGUUUGGAUAAGUCGAUUAAGGUGUGGAAGGUAACAGAUUUUGUGGGUUGGGAAGGAGGGAGGAGGAGUGGGUUCUUAUCGUGUUCCAGCAAUGAUGAUCCAAUAUUCGAUGCGUUUUGAUAGAAUGUUUGUGACUUGUGAGGUAAUAACA